AUGCCGUUUAAUAGUUGGAUGGACAUCACGACCAUUGAGCGGUAUGUUAAGAAGGGGGAGCAGGAGAAGAACGCGGUGGGCGAAGACCGUAAUGAAGACGAGGGGUUUAAUGAUGGGGAGGAUGACGAGGGGGUGGAGGGCGUCAAGGGGGCGGCCGAAGAAGUCGAUGAGGGUUUUGAGGAUGAGAUGUCUAAAGAGACCAAAUGGAUGCGGCAGAUCUACGGUUUGGCCGUUUUGAUGAUAAAGGGGGACAAAGGAUGGCACGAUGCUGAGGAUUUCACCACUAAAUAUUCAGCAGUGAUUAAGUUGGCACGGUUGAUGGUGGUUCAGGAGGCGUACGAGCAGAGGUAA